AUGACUGAGCUUUCUCCAGCAAUGAAGGGAUCUCGCCUACUUCCAUCCGUUCUUGAUCGCAUCGGUGCAGAAACUCCUGGCAGAAUCUAUGCUUCAGUCCCCCGAACCCACGAUAUUGCUGACGGAUUCCGGGACAUCACUUUUGGCGAGGUUCUUAAAGGUGUUGAUGCUCUAGCAGCUUGGCUAACAACAAACUUUGGAGUGAGCAAUGACUUCGAAACUUUGGCCUACACCGGCGUUGCAGAUCUUCGCUAUACUUUGAUGUUCUAUGCAGCUGUCAAAUGUGGCUACAAAAUUCUUCUAUCGUCAUCUCGCAAUCCCACCCAUCAAAAUGUCUCGCUGCUCGAACAGACAGGCUGUACCAAGUUCUUUUACUCGUCAGAAAUGGCCAGUAUUGCGAAGGAAAUACAAUUGGCGAUGGGGAAUGACUCGCUUCAUAUAGUCGAGAUUGAUUCUUUUGAUAAGUGGCUAGAUGCCUACAAGCAUCCGUAUCCUUUCACCAAGUCAUUUGAGGAGGCAAGGUUUGAUCCCAUCCUCGUUCUACACUCGUCAGGCUCGACUGGAGCCCCCAAACCCAUCACCCAAACACACCAAUACUUUGCCAACUGCGACCGACUUCGCCCACAAGUUCCCGGUCGACUGGAAGGUGGUGAAAGACUUUGGGAUUAUGAGGGUGGUGGAUACUUCCUAUGUCCAUUUCCCCCUUAUCAUCUUGCAGGUUUCAUCUCAUAUAUAUACCAUCCGGUAUUUGGCCGGUCUUGUUCUUUAUUGCUAGGGUUCCCUGAUCGGCCAGCGCUGCCUGAACUGGUUCUUCGGAUGAUGAUGCAGAAGAGAGUGCGCCUUCUCUUCACCCCCCCUUCUAUUGUAGAGGGAAUGCUCACGCUCGAUGGAGCUAUUGAUAUCAUCAAGAAGCUGGAUGAUAUUGUUUAUGCUGGAGGACCGCUGGAAAAGACAGCCGGAGAUCAACUAGCACUUCUGACUCGGUUGUCGCCCGUAUACGGUGCCACGGAAACAGGAACCAUCACAUGUCUUGUGCAAACGCCCGAAACAUGGCAAUAUAUGGAGUUCCAUCCUGCGUGGAAAGUCAUUAUGGAGCCAGAAAUUGAUGGUGCGUAUGAAUUGGUACUUAGGAGAGAUGCCGAGGCGGAUAAGUACCGCGGUAUUGGUGGAACAAUCUUGCGGGAGAAGCCUGAAUAUCGAACCCGAGACCUCUUUUUACCACAUCCGAGCAAGCCUGGGCUAUGGCGUUUCUAUGGUCGCAAUGACGAUAUUAUUGUCUUUUCAAAUGGCCAAAAAUGGAACCCGAUUCCUUCGGAGAGUAUCAUACAAAGUCAUGGAGAUGUUGCAGGCGCUUUAAUUAUUGGCGACGGGAAGUUCCAACCAGCAGCUAUUAUCGAACCUAAGAAGACGGUCGCGUCAUUGGAGAACCUACUGGAUUCACUUUGGCCACUAAUAGAGCAAGCCAAUCAACAAUCUCAGGGAUUUGGACGCUUGAUGAGAUCAAAAAUAGCAAUUGUGCAGCCUGGUGACUUUGUUCGAGCACCAAAAGGCACUAUUGUCCGCUCCGCCACAGCCAACAAGCUUCACUCGGCCAUCGAAAAGCUAUAUUCAGGAUCGGUUGAUUCUGCUGCCAAAGAUGUGAAGCAAUCGCUUUCUCAAACCGAUGACCCCCAAUUUGAGAUCCUUCAGGUUGUCAAAAAUUCCACACAUGAGUUCGAUAAGUUUGCUGCGGCAAGAGACGAAGAUGAUCUCUUCCAAUUCGGUCUCGAUUCCUUGAUGGCUCUUGAACUUUCAAAGUCUAUCCGGACAGGACUAUCAAUUUAUGCUGAUGAUAACAAACUUUCCUUUAUUACAACUCUCAUGCUCUUCAGGUAUCCUACUAUUAAAAAGCUAGCCGAAGCAAUCUCCCUGUAUCUUUUGGGUGAGCUCGAGGAACAGCAUUCGCAAACCCUCAAUAACAAAAACAUUGAAAGGGUGAUCGAGACCUACACCUCCACUGCCAACCCGCAACGAGCCAUUUCAAUGCCUGCUAAAGACGGCCAGCUACAUAUUGGAUUAAUCGGGUCUACCGGAUUUCUCGGCCAACAGCUAUUGGCAAAUUUGAUCCAACAUCCCAAAGUCGCCAAAAUUACCUGUAUUGACCGAAAUGCGUCAGCGCAGCAAUCCCAUCGUCAGCUGCUAGAGUCAGUGCAGACCAAUGCACACAUUGAGUUCAAAACGAUGUCCUUGGCUGAUAUGAGCUUGGAGGAAAUCCAAAAACAUAAAGAAGUGUUCGAAAAUAUGGAUGGAGUUAUUUACAGUGCAUGGACUGUGAAUUUCAACCAGCCGCUGUCCUACUUUGAACCUCAGAUCCGAGCUUUAUCUGCUCUCUGCACAGUCCUGGUAUCCUGUGAGAGAAGUCCUCGACUAUUCUUUGUCUCUUCGAUUUCGUCAUCGAACGAGAAAAGUACAUCCGAUUCAAAUCAGGUUAUCAUUCCCGAAGACGUCUUGCAGGAUGCUUCGGCUCCUAUGCCUAUGGGUUAUGCACAGUCCAAAUACGUGGCUGAACGAAUUCUUGCCAAAUUUGCGCAUCACACUGGCUUGAGGGCGACAAUCUUUCGUUUAGGCCAAAUUGCUGGACCUGUGACUGACAAUAUCCGAGGCAUCAUGAUUAAAGAAAGCUCGAGUUCCGCCGUAUGGAAUGAACGAGAAUGGUUUCCUUCCGUGAUGAAAUCUUCCGCCAAUCUGGGUCUUAUACCUUCCGACCUACAGCCUGUGGAUUGGAUACCGGUUAAUUUCUUGACUCGGGGCAUAGCAGAACUCAUAUUCCACGAUCUUUUAAUCGAAACGAUCAGUACACUCCAGGUCUACAAUAUCGUCAAUCCACACCAGGUACCAUGGUCAGAGCUAGUUCCUGUGAUCAAAGAUGCGAUAGCAUCUACAUGCAAGAUCGUUCCCUUUGCAGUCUGGAUCAAGGAUCUCAGAUCGAAAGAGUUGGAGCUUCAUGCUGCCGAGAAGUAUCCGGCUCUGAAACUCCUCGACUAUCUGCAAGGGACGCUCAACAUAGCUGGUCGAGAGAGUAGGGUCGUCAUGGAUCGCACAAAGCAAGCAAGCACAACAUUGGAUCAGAUGCAACCUGUCAACGAGGAAUGGGUUCGGAACUGGCUAUCUGUAUGGGGUCUGACUACUAGCCAGCAAGCGUCGGAGUGA